UUCGUGAAUUCCAUAGUGGUUAGUCGCGUUGAAGUAAAUUGACGAAAAGAAAAGUAAAAAUAUAUUCUUACGAUUGGCUGAGUGAAAUAUUUAGUUUUAGGUUCGAAACAAUCAAUUCGGAUAACAAACGGAGAUAAUUAUUUCAAUUAAAAAAAUUAAAAACUAGAAAACAUAAGACUAAAUUAGUUUCUUCAUCGGAAUUAUACAUUUAUAUUAUUAUAAAUGAAAAUAUAUCAAACUAAUUAAUCAGCGUUUUCAUUUGUUAUUAGUGUGAGCAUUACGAUAAGCAAGUCAUAAUUGCAUAACGAUUUUCCUUAAUCCUUUUAUAAAUAUAUAAAAAUAAUAUUGUAAUUCUCUCUCUAUUUGCACACGUCAUUAUCAUGGCUGCAUUCAUACGACAAUUAAUAGCAGGAUAUAAAUAUAUUAUCGAAGAUGCGGCAGAUCCACGCACCCAAGAUUAUUUUCUAAUAGGCUCACCGUGGCCUUGCAUAGCUCUGCUUGGAUUUUAUAUAUGUUUUAUUUAUUAUAUUGGUCCGAGGUUUAUGGCAAAAAGACAACCUUUCCAAUUGGACAGAAUAUUGCAAAUAUAUAAUCUUUCACAAAUUAUAAUAAAUGCAAUCUUACUUUAUAAAGUAUUAACAUUGGCAUGGUUACGAGAUUACAGUUUCUUUUGCCAACCUAUUGAUUAUUCAUACUCACCAAAGGCAAUAGAGAUCGCGAGAGGGAUAUGGAGUUAUUUCAUGCUUAAAAUACUGGAUUUAUUGGAGACAGUUUUUUUCGUGCUUAGAAAAAAACAGAAUCAAGUGUCCUUUCUUCAUGUAUAUCAUCAUGUGGGCAUGUUAUUAGGCACUUGGAUUGCCACUAAAUAUAUACCUGGCGGUCAUGUGACUUUCUUAGGUUUGGUCAAUACAUUUGUACAUGUAAUAAUGUACAUCCAUUAUCUACUAUCAUCUAUGAAAAUAGAUACAGGUUCAUGGAAGAAGUACAUCACUCAGUUACAAUUGAUCCAAUUUUUCCUAAUUAUUUUACACUAUGGACAAUUAGCCUGGGAAGAUUGCGGCUUCCCAGUUUGGCCAGCAUAUAUAAUGAUACCACAGAAUGUCUUUAUGAUUAUAUUGUUUGGGGAUUUUUAUUAUAAAAUGUACAUUAAAAAACGACCAACAAUUAAAAUGGUACCGAGGGAAAUGGAAACAAAUGGCAUUUCCGCUAAUGUCUCAAAAAAGAAAUCGAAAGAACAAUAAAUUCGAAGUAUAAUGUAAUGUUUAGUAUUUCUCUCUCUCUUUCUCAUUUUCUUUUUCUCUGUUUCUCUUUUUCUUUCUUUAUAAUAUAUAUACAUAUAUAUAUAUAUAUAUAUUUUUUAUUUUUAGCAUUAAUAUUAAUGUAUUUCUCAGACUAUUAGUUACUUCAAAAAAUUUUU